UUCUUUCAGAAUUAUUUUGGAUCAAAAACAUUCGUUUCCGAUCUAAAUCUGUUUUAAUCUUGAAUUUGUGAAGUGAUAUUUACGCGAAAAAUGGCUCUGUUCCCCGGAGCCGUCGCGUUCGACGAAUAUGGCCGCCCAUUUAUCAUAUUACGGGACCAGGAUUCACAAAAACGGCUUACCGGUCUUGAUGCUUUGAGAUCCCACAUCUCAGCGGCGCGCCAGAUCGCCGGCAUCCUCCGCACGUCCCUCGGCCCCCGCGGCCUGGACAAGAUGAUGGUGUCCCCGGACGGCGAGGUGACAGUCACCAAUGACGGCGCCACCAUCUUGAAGCUGAUGGACGUGGAGCAUCAGAUCGGGAAGCUGAUGGUGCAGCUGGCGCAGAGUCAGGAUGAUGAGAUCGGAGACGGGACUACUGGUGUUGUAGUUCUUGCUGGCGCCCUACUUGAGCAGGCUUCCAACCUCCUCGACAAAGGCAUCCACCCGAUACGCAUCGCGGAUGGCUUCGAGAUGGCGGCCGCCGCGGCCCUGGCCCAUCUCGACUCCAUCAGCGAGGCGUUCCCGGUCAACAUGGACACCAGGGACAACCUCAUUAAAGUGGCCAUGACCACGCUUGGCAGCAAAGUGGUUGUCAAGUGUCAUAAGUUGAUGGCGGAGAUAGCUGUGGAUGCCGUGCUAUCAGUGGCGGACCUCGAGAAGCGCGACGUGAACUUCGAGCUGAUCAAAGUGGAAGGCAAGGUUGGGGGCCGCAUGGAGGACUCCCUGCUGGUCAAGGGAGUGGUCAUAGACAAGACCAUGAGCCACCCGCAGAUGCCUAAAGUUCUUAAGGACGCGAAACUCGCGAUCCUCACCUGCCCGUUCGAGCCCCCGAAGCCCAAGACCAAGCAUAAGCUCCAGGUCGGCUCAGCGGACCAGUACCGCGAGCUGCGCGCGUACGAGCAAGACAAGUUCCUCGAAAUGGUCCGACGUGUCAAGGAAACCGGAGCGACAUUGGCCAUCUGCCAAUGGGGCUUCGACGACGAGGCCAACCACCUCCUCCUCGCCGAGGGUCUGCCAGCCGUCCGCUGGGUCGGGGGACCUGAGAUGGAGCUGAUAGCCAUCGCUACCGGAGGCAGGAUUGUGCCUCGCUUCGAAGAACUGACCCCGGAGAAGCUUGGAAAGUGUGGCCUGGUCCGCGAACUAGCAUUCGGCACGUCCAAAGAGGAGAUGCUAGUGAUUGAGGAGUGCAGCAACUCGCGCGCCGUCACCCUCCUCAUGCGAGGAGGCAACCGGAUGAUCGUCGAGGAGGCAAAGCGUUCAGUACACGACGCGCUUUGCAUUGUGCGCAGUCUAGUGCAGGAUUCCCGCGUGGUAUACGGCGGAGGCGCAGCCGAGAUCUCGUGCUCGCUGGCCGUCGCCCGCGCAGCCGAGAGCAUCUCUUCUUUAGAUCAGUACUCGUACCGCGGGUUCGCUGACGCGCUGGAAGCCAUCCCGCUCGCACUAGCAGAGAACAGCGGCCUGUCGCCCAUCGACGCGUUGUCUGAGGUGAAGGCGCGGCAAGUGGCCGACAACAACGCCAACCUCGGCAUCGACUGCAUGGGCAAGGGAUCAAACGACAUGAAGACAAUGAACGUGAUCGAGUCCCUCCACUCUAAGAAACAACAGAUCGCGCUCGCCACCCAGCUCGUCAAGAUGAUCCUCAAGAUCGACGACGUCAGGUCGCCGGCAGACUCCAUCCAGUAA